CUAUUUCUUAGAUUUCCCCAGACAAUACUAUGGUAAUGAUGUUGAUGCAAAUAGAACACAAACACAUGCACCCAUGCAUCCACAGCAUAUCACACAGCAGCCUGAUGAAAAUUCCCUGAAUGUAAAUAAUACUUUUGUUGGAAAUAUGUCAAAGUUUUUCGACUUUCACAAAAGUCAGCAACAGAUUCACCAACAGUACAUUAAUGGACAAUCUCAGAAAAGUAAUGUGGAUUCUCAUCGAUUAACUAUAUUUUUGGAAAACAACCGACCUAACUCUUCAGUUUUUGACAACGGUAUUUUAAGUCAACAAGCGCAAUUACAGAAACAGAGGUUCAUGGGAACUUUUGAAAAAACCUCUUCGAUAAACCAACCGCCAAACGUGCACUCACCCCAAAAUCGUUUCUCACACAACUCAUUAGUGGAUGAUGACCUAGGUAAGAUUUUAACUAUAUUUCCUCUGUAUUUUCUGCACAAAAAUUAUUUUAAAAAAAUACUAUGA